AAUUACAAGGUACUUGAGAGAGUUAAUAGGUGGCGGUGGUAGCUGCUGCUGCGGAAGCGUUCCUCGGCCACAAAGAGUAGAAUAGCUUUCGCAGCAUGGCACGCUCUUUCUCACAAGCCAAACGUGUCCUCGCCUUUGCUAAUGCUCUAUCACUUCCUCUUCAUCGGCGAGGCUAUGCAGUGGGGUCUGAUGUUUCAGUGAGAGCUGGAUUGGAUAGGAUUGGGAGUAGGAAUGGAAUGGUGGUGGGGAAGGUUGAAGAGAAGGGUGUGACCAAAAAUGGUUCGGAAACCUCUUCAGCUUGGGCCCCAGACCCGGUCACUGGUUACUACAGGCCCAUCAAUCAUAUGGAUGAAAUUGACCCGGUGGAGCUCCGAAAGAUUCUAUUGAAUCACAAAGUGAGAUCAUCAUCCCCCUAAAGUAGCAGGUGCCACUCCCCCAAUUGCUGAUGCUGCUUUUGUUUUAUCUAUCUAUUUAUUUAUGUAUGUCCUUAUUAUAAUAUGUGUGUACUGAACAAAGAAACAAAAUGGAUGUGGGUUUUGUUUGAAGAUUAUUUCUUUCUCUAUUUGUAGUACUAUUAAGCUAAAUGAGUUGUAGACUAGUUCGUUUCUGUUUCCUUGUUAUUUUGGCAUUACAUUUUAGUGCAUGUUAGUGCUU